ACUUUAUCCGCUCUUUUAAUAAUUAGUUUUAAAUGAAAUUAUUCAUAAAAUAGUUAAAAUAAGACACUUUUAUAGCCACAAUUUUCACGUUUGUGACAAAUUUAACCACAACUUACGAAGUACACAGAGUAUCCAUUUCCAUCCAUCCUAUUAACGAUGUCACUUAAAUGUAAGAAGAAGAAGAUAGAGUAUGCAAUCCGGGUCCUUCGCCCGUUCGCUGCCGCCAUCAACAUCAUCUUCAUCCCUUCUUUCCUCCACCUAAUUAAGACGAAACUGAGAGCAAACUCGCCGAGAUCCGGAGUCGGCACAUUCGCGAACUCGUCGAGAUCCGCUCCGACAAGACCCGCUGACUAUUCUUCUUCUACUUCGUCCGCAGAGCAAGGAAGAAGGUCAAUUGUUAGAAGCAAAGAUCUAGUAUACUGGGGAUGUGGAGGAAAAUUUAGAUCCAGCUUUGGGAUAUGGUCAUCCUUGACAACCACGGGCUCAGAUCACUGGUCUGGUGGUGGUUCACAUCGACGACGGAAGGCGAUGGCGAAUGAAACUCUCCAGAGGCAGGACAGAGGACUUCGAUGAUGGCAUGAAUCGGCGAGAUGACUUCUCCAGCUCAGAUUCCGCUCUUAUCUGGACACUUACGAAGUAGCAGCGGGUGACGGAGGCGGCUCCUUGCCGGGAAUGCAGGAGGUGAUUGCGGCGAGGAAAAGGGAGAUGGACCAGAUUGAAACUGGGAGCCUGAGCAUAGCCAUAGAGGUUUGGGUUAGGGAGGAGAGAGCGGAGAUUCAGGAAAGAAGGGUGUGUUAGUAAACGGUAUAUGAUCUACGAUUAAACCUCUCCCAACAACUCGAAUUAUUGGGAUUAACUGAUUCUUGACAUAGUAUGAGAGCCUUAUAUGACCGACAGGUCUCCUGUUCGAAUCUCGAUAACCCACAUCGGUUUCUGUUAAGCACAUUGUGCCCGGAGCUGUGCAAACUUCAAGCCCAUUAUAUUGUUGGUGGCUUUCGUUUGAGUGGGUGUGUUAGUAAACGUUAUAUGAUCCA